GGCUGCGAGCACAACCCCUCUGCUUCCUCCCGCAGGACCUGUCUGCACUGGGCCUGCAAGCGGAACCACGCUCCCGUGGUGUCCUGCCUGCUGGAUGCUGGUGCAGAUAAGCAGAUCCUCACCACUAAAGGAGAGCUGGCUGCACAGUUAACUUCGAAACCAGACAUCCAGAAGAUUUUGGGAGAGGAAGAAUCUGAAUACCAAGGAGUGAAGGAUUUAAAUUUGCCAAUUGUUGCAAACUACUUGGCCAGCCCACCACUCCCUUAUGUUUACACGGAAGAAAGCAUUCCAGACAGCUUGGCAGAAUCCCAGAAUGAAAGUGCUUCCAUCUCUUCUGCUUCCCAGUGUGAAACUAGUCCUUGCUCAUCCGCAACUCAGGUUGAAAGCAUAUGCACACCUACAUCAUGCAACAGCGACGAUGACUUUCCCACACUAGAGGCUGAGGAAGAGCUGCCCGCCCCACCAGCAGCUGCCACGGCCCCGCGCUGCGCCCAGCCUGGGGUGCACAACGGCCCCGGUCCCCGGCCGGCCUCACCCCACCACAGAGCUCUGGUCCCGCCUGGAGCAGCCCGACAGGCUGAACCUCUGCAGCUCGACAGGUCGCCCACUGGUCCCGCACCAACCUUUCAACCGUUUUUCUUUACUGGAACUUUCCCAUGUAACAUGCAAGAACUUGUGCUUAAGGUGAGAGUCCAGAACCUCAGAGACAAUGACUUCAUUGAAAUUGAACUGGACAGGCAAGAACUGACCUAUCAAGAUCUGCUCAGAGUGAGUUGCUGUGAAUUGGGCAUUAAUCCAGAACAAGUAGAGAAGAUCAGAAAAUUACCUAAUACACUAGUAAGAAAGGACAAGGAUGUUGCCAGACUUCAGGACUUCCAAGAGCUCGAGUUAGUUCUUGUGAAAAGCGACAGCUCUCCUUUCAGAAACGCUGCGUCAACUUUGACCGAGAGACCAUGCUACAACAGCAGAGCAUCGAAGCUGACCUACUGACUCUUCUGGACACAUCUGGAGUGUGAAAAGAUGGUAAUUAUAUGCUGCUGCCUUCUGAGGGCAGUGAAUUAAGCGUGUGUAAAACCUUAAGUUAUUGUUAGGGUUACUAUUUUAACUAAUAGUUUAUCUUUUAUAUUUAAUAUCCCCUUCGCUUUUAUUUUUUUACUUGAUACUGUAUUCAGAUAAGGGAUACCUCAUUUAUCUACUAAAAUCACAUGCUUCCAGUGUAUUUCAGUGAAGUUUAUUGGUGGUAUUUUGCAACAGAGGGCAGGAAAGACUUAAAUUAUUGAUAUGAAAUGUAUGUUGAGUACUCCCACUCUUUGACCAAAUAAGACUCAUGGAAAAGAGAUUCAGGAAAUUGUGUGUGUGUGUGUCUGUGUACAUAUAUAUAUAUUUUUUAAACUUCCUGAUUAAGUUAAACGUCAGAGCGUAUUUGGCAUGCAAUGAACAGUUGCUCUCUAAAAAUGUAAAACUUGCAAGCCCCUUCUCGAAGACGUACCAAGAUGUGUUGUUUUGCCUGCUGGUGAUAGAAAUACUUUAUGCUCUGAAGUGACAGGAGAAUUUUCACUGGGCUGAAAUUGAGUGUCCACAUUUAAACAUUCCUUUCCCAUCUGAGAAUACCGUAACUUAAGCGAUGGCAUCCUUCCACCUCCACAAAAAGUACAGAAGCUUCUCUUAAUUAAGGAGCAUUUAAGUCACAGAGCAAGUUAGAAGUGCCCUUUCAGAAAGCCCUUCUGUUUCAGGAGCUAGGGAGGGGAUCAAAAAUCUGCAUCCGUGGUUUUGGUCAUUUUCCCACCGCUGGGAGGAGACUGCGUUAGGCACACCAGACGUCAGUACACAGUGUGUACAGUCCCAGGCUGUGCGGUUCCUGUCUGCCGUUCCCACAACUGUCAGGAGUGUACCAUGCUCUUGACUGGCCAUGCUGCACUGGAACGUACACCAUUAGCAAAUAACUGACCUGUAACCUGGAACACGUGCAGUCUGCUGUCACUUUGCAUCCGCAGUUUUAGCCAGAUGAGGACUGAAAGGGCUGAAUGCCUCCAGGUGCUUUCAGUUUAAUUUUUUUAGAGGGUAAAAAAACCCAGACUCUGGUUAAGCUACAGGCUACUUGACUUGUUUUUAAGCAAGCCAGUAAUAAUAAAAAAAAAAAAUCCAUCUGUGGUUUUAUGAAUGGCAAGUCAUCAUUAAAACACACCCUGAAGUCACUCCCUUUCACUCCAAACAAAGUAUUUAAGUAGCAGCAUUGCUCGAGGCUUUUCCUGUUAACAUGGUAGACUGCAAAGUUCCACCUUAAGAGGCUUUUUGGUUUUUGUAUCAAAAACUACGAUGACUUAUGCACUAAAAACCUUAACUGGAUACUGGGGUGGAUGAAGUGGUGAGGGAGUUGUUUCAUCUGAACACGAGCUGCUUUUUUUAUUCUUCCCCCAAUAGCACUGAUUUUCCUUCCAUCUCUGCAUUAAGCAGCACUAGAGCAGAGUUUAUGCACAGCUGAUGCAGUGUUUGUUGCUGUUGAUCCGGACUGUAAUGUUGACAUUCAGACCAUAAAUAGUACAAUCAGCAGGUUUUGGUAGGCGCAGCGUGGCUGCCCUGCCCUCAGCUGCUUCAGCCUUGAGUGGCUCCUCUGAGCGAGGCUGGUCAGAACCUGUCAGAAUACAAACCCUUCUGCCAGCAGAGAGCUCGACUCCGGGUUCAGGACUUCACCAAGCUACUUAGGCUUAAAACGCCUGCUUAGUGCAUUCAAAAUAAUUAUCACCCUUUCCCACUUCUUUCACUUAAACUCUGCUGACUCCCUCUUCUCUAUGCGGGAGCUGGGCUACUUCAAAGCCCCAUUCAACUCCUGGUACGCUCAAGACUGUGACACAGUAUGAAGUAAAAUUUCCUAACUAUGGCUCCUGCUUUUUUUUCUUGUAGGACAGGGAAGUUUUUAUUUUAACAAUUGUGUAUUUAUCUUGCCAGCACAGCUUGGAGGCUAGUACAGAUUAUGUGCAAUAACUGUUUCAAAACCAGUAGUAGUUAAAUGGCUCAAAAUUAAGUGUCUAAUUUCUUUUCAGUUCUUUUAGGGAAUUGUAUAAAGACUGCCUCCACUAAUUACUGAACAUUCAGCUACAGGAGCAGCUGGUUUAUAAAAAAAGCUUUAUUUGCUCUAGUUUCCACCAAGAAUAACUGUUAAUGUGACAAGACUAAAACGUUAAUCAUGAUCUGACUGUAAUAUUAACAGUAAGUCUAUGCAUUCAGAGAAAUAUUUUUGUAUGUUUUUUGCAGUUUGAUAAACUCUAAGGCACACUAGUUAAUUUUUUUGUUGUUUUUUUUCUUUGAACAACAAAUUGUUGUAUGACAACUGAAACUAAGUUUACAAAACUUACUGUUCUUCCAAGGACAACUUUUGUUUGCACUACAAACUUGUAUGGAAUUGACAUUGCUACUCUUCACUUAUAUUAAAGUCUCAGCUGUUUCAAGUA